AUGUUGACUUCCUUCAUCGCCUCCCUCGCACUCCUCACCGUCGCCUCGGUGAACGGGUCGCCUACCAUCUACGACAAGCGCGACCCUCAGUUCAUGGUCAACCUGCCCAACCGUCUGCCUGUCAAUGGCAGCAUCGGCUUCGGUAUCACGAUUGGCCAAGGCCCGAACGGCAACAGCGUCGUGACCUUUGGCAACGGUACCAACGGACGCGGCGGCUUCCCCUUCGGCUUCUUUGGAAACCGCUUCAGGGGCAACACGAACUCCGGCACCAACACGACGAACACCCGCCCGUUCCCGUUCAACUUCCUGCCGUUCAAGCGCGAGAUGGAGAUGGAGAUGUCGAAGCGCGAGCCGCAGUUCUCGUUCGACUUCGGGAAUGAGCUGCCUGUCCUCGGCGAUCUCCCGUUCGGCAUCAACAUCGCGCAAGGCGCGGAUGGGAACAGCAUCGGCAACAUCGGCAACGCUACGACCGGCGACCGCGGCUUCCCGCUCAACUUCUUGCCGUUCAAGCGCGAUGGCGGUGAGGCGCAUCAGCUCGUGGCGCGCGAGCCUCAGUUCGGGUUCAACUUCACCAACCGUCUGCCUGUGACCGGUCGCUUCCCGUUCGGUCUCAACAUUGGUCAGGGCGCGAACGGAAACAGCUUUGCGUUCUUCGGUAACUCUAGCACGGGAGCGCGCCCUUUCCCGUUCAACUUCCUUCCCUUCAAGCGCGAGGAUUAG